AUGACGGGCAAAGUGAUCCUUUGCCAGAGUUGGAAAACUAAUCUCUUAUUUACUGUCCACAGUGGUAAGGCUACUGUGCUGUACCACAUCCUGCUUGAAAAGCUGAUACUACAGAAGAGUAUGACCUUCCCAUAUGGAAAUCUGUCAGAAGAGGAAACACUGUUCCUUUUACAUUAUGACUUGAACAAGUAGGAGCUGGAAAAGAAUAUCCCAGAGCUUAACACCAUUGCAGACCAAGUUGAUUCCAUCCACAAGAUGCUUACCAAGACCAGCAUGGUGGCCAGCUCUGCAGGCACUGCUUCUGGAGUUACGAGCAUACUGGGUUUGGCCCUAGUGCCUAUGACAGCAAGAAGGAGUCUCAUGCUCUCUGCAGCUGGGGCAGGGUUGGGAGUAGCAGUGGCCAUUACCAAUGUUUUGACAAAUGUCUUAGAGAACAGAAGCAAUUCAGCAGCAAGAGACAAAGCUAGAAGACUGGUGAAAACUACGGUGACAUCGGAGCAUGAGGCUUUUGGAGGACUAUGGCCGCUGCCUGAAGUUGCGGCUGCUGGAUUGCGUGUUGCUAACUGCGUCAGCAUCAUCAGGAGACUUCGUGCCCACCAGCUGGCCAAAGCCAACCCUGGCUUCACCACUAUGAUCAGGAAUUGUAUCCCUUUCUGGAAUGCUGGAGAGGUGCAGAGAGCCUUUGCAGACUCAAGUCUGGUUACGACCAGGGACACCCGAGUGCUGGGUGCUGCUGGGGCUGGUUUGUUUCUCCUGCAAGACGUGAGGUACCUCCUGCAGAACUGGAAGCCCCUGGGUGAGGGAGCGCGGGCAGACGCAGCUGAGGAGCUGAGGAAACUUGCUAAGGAGCAGGAAUUGGCGCUGAUGCAGCUCAACCAGCUCUACUUUCAUCUGCGGCAGAAACUGAGCCAGAUGCCGCGACCCAGAGUUCCCAGCAGGGCUGUUGUGGACCGGGAAGGUAGGGAGGGAGUGGAUACUGCAGGAGAGGUCGUGGUCCCCAUCAAGCGAGAGGAGGAACGCUAACCAAGCAGGCAUAAAUAAAUACAUAAUGACACUGUCCUUUCUUCUCAGAGGGGGCUCGUCUCACAUCCUUGACUUUAGGUCCCUCCUGUUUUUCUCAGUAUCCUGUCCUCUUCUCUCAAAGUGGUGACCACAAAUAUUUGGAAUGCCAUCCGUUGUGUGUGUGUGUGUGGGGGGGGUGCUUACUGUCUGCCUCUCCUGUGGCCUGUAUUCUCCAGCAAGGCAAAGGGGUGUCCCUCUUGUCCAUACCAGCAUCUCCAGUGCCUGGUAG